AUGAGCUCAAUAAUCUGGUUGUUCAAACAGGAAUUUCUAGCUACGACAGAAAUCAUGGAGGUGGUAUCAAGAGAAAGUGCCUCAUAUACAACUUACUUCGAUUCCAGAAAAUACCUGGAGUCCUUCUAUGCUGCACAUCUCCAAACCCAGGAAGUAGCUAAAGAAAUAACAUUUGUCCUCUCUUUUCUAUCGAAAGCAUUCGCUUCAGGUUGUAUACAAGGGGAUAAUUUGAUAGAAAUUGCUGCAGGUCCUACAAUAUGGCAUAUCCUCUCAGCCUGUGAAAAUUUCAAAAACAUCUACCUGACGGAUUAUUCCCAAAAUAACUUAAAUGAAAUUGAACUGUGGUUGAAUGAGGACAAACAUGCCUUUGAUUGGUCUCCAUACAUAAAACAAGCAUGUGAACUGGAAGGUGGGAGGUCCACACCUGAGGAGAAAGCAAAAAAGAUUAGGGAAAAGGUCUCCUUUAUGAAAUGUGAUGUCACCCAAGCCAACCCUCUCCAACCACUUUCACUGCCUCAAGUGGACUGUGUGAUCAUUGCAGCAUGCCUCAUUUGUGUUGCUUCAACAUUAGAAGAGUUUAAGGUGUAUCUGAAGAAUACUGUGUCUUUGUUAAAACCUGGAGGAUAUCUUGUAAUGACUGAAUAUCUCCGAGCCUCCAAGUAUAUUGUGGGAGAUAAAAUAUUUUCUGUUCUUUCAGUGGAGGAAAACUUUAUCAAGAAAGCAAUGGCUGAUUGCGGAUGUAUUGUUGAGGAGUCUCAGGUAUUCACAAUCUGCAAAUCCUACGGAGAGGAUUUCGAUAGUGAAGAUGUAUUUUGUGUAAAAGCUAAAAAAAUGUGA